GCAUCCGAUAAGACGUGUGUCAUUGAGCGCUACUUUGGACAUUCCGGCUAUAUUAGAUCAACAAUUAGCGGCUUUGACUCAUCACAAACGACAGUUAGAAAAGAAGACUAUUUGUUUGUCACAACAGAAUCCACCUGAAAAACUUAUAUCAGAUGCUAUACACUUUCCAAAAUCUUCGUCAUAUACGCUGGAAACUGAUGAUUGUACAUCUAACAUAAUUUAUUCGAAACCUCAUAUAUUUUCAUCGCACGUUGAUUCAACAUCAAUUGUUGCAAACGUAUCUGAAUCACCGAGUGAUACUGAAAUUGUUCUAAGUGAUUUAAGUCAAACAAACUCUAGCAAGUACAUUAAUCAAAAACUGGAUGCAAAUUUAAUCAAAAACCAAGACAAUGAUGAAAUAAUUCACAUGCGAAGUAAGGUGUCUUCUAAAAUAUUUUGUGAAGAAACAGAAAAAGAGAGUGUAGUGGAUGUACCGCAAUCACAUGAACUUUCCAUCGACGUAAUUGAGGGAACUUUGGAGUGUUCAAACCACCAGUCGGAGGAAAUACUGCCACCUCCAAGUCCUGUUAGUUCAUCUUAUAGUGAAUUAAGGAAGGCAACGACUGUGCUGAAAAAAACCUUUCUUCCUUGCUAUGUAAAAAACCAUGAAUCAAAAGUUAAUUGUAAUAAUUCCAACAUUCAUGCUCUUUGUGGACCAUAUAUGAAUGUUACUUGCAGCAAUGACUUCAAUUCAUAUUGUGCAACAUUACAG